AUGGCGGAAUCCACCUCAAAUGAAUACCGCCCUCCUUCGGGCCACGAUGAAGACUUUGUGGAAGCAGUUGACGAAGAUUUUCAAUGCCUCAUAUGUCAUUUACCGCUAAAGGAACCAGUUCAAACGAGAUGUGGCCACAGAUAUUGCAAAGAAUGUCUUGACGAGCAUAUUAAAAGGCAACGAAGUCAAGGACAAUCCUUAACAUGUCCAUUCGACAGGCAGAACCUGGAUAAAGACCGGGACAUUUUCCCUGAUAAAGCAACAGAAAGGAAGAUUCUUUCGCUGGCAAUCAGAUGUCCAAACGUUGGCUGCAAAUGGACUGGGGAAGUAAGACUUAAGGAGAUCCACUUGGGAUCUUGUCUCUUUCAACUGGUAGCGUGUACCAGAGACAAAUGUGAAGCGAAAGUCCAGAGAGGCCUUCUACAAUCACACGCACAGAGGUGUCCAUGGAGAAUCAGGCGAUGUAAACACUGUGAAGAGCGAUGGCCAGAGUGUCAAAUGCAGAACCAUUUCAAACAGUGCAGCAAGUUUCCGGUGACUUGUCCAAACAGCUGUGGUCUUUCUUUUCCCAGAGAUACGGUUUCAACUCACACUAAGAACGAGUGUCGGCUUACUAUGAUUUCCUGCCCAUACGUACAGAUGGGCUGUCAAGCAAAGGUUCAGCGGCAAGGAGCAGAAUCUCAUCUUGAAUCAGCCACAAGACUCCACCUUGAUUUAGUUUGUAUCAAACUAAAUAACACAGAAGUAUUAUUAGAUAAGACAAGGGAUGAGUUAAAAAAUGCCAUGGAACUGCUUAAGUCAUCAAGCGUACAACAUACAAACGCGUUUCUUUGGAGGAUCGACGGUUUCAGUGAAAUUUUGAAACAAGCAAAGAACGAGGGAAAAGAGAGAAUAUACAGUGAUCCAUUCUACACCAAAACUGAAACAGAUGGGUUUGGGUACAAAUUAAGAGUAUUCAUUUACCCUAAUGGAAUUGGAAAUGCCAAGAAUACUCACAUGUCGGUAUUCAUUACUAUAAUGAAAGGUGAAUAUGACGCGAUAUUACCUUGGCAUUUCAAUAAGAAAGUGAAGCUCACGUUGAUUGAUCAAGAGGAUGAUCCAGAAGAAAGAGAAAACGAAACUAAGGAGGUAGAAGGGCGGAAUAUUCCGAGCUUUAGCAGGCCUAUAGCAGAAGAGAACACAGGCAUAGGUUUUGAUUGUUUCGUAUCUCAUGAGAAACUUAAAUCGCAGCACUAUAUUGUGGAUGACACUUUGUUUCUACAGGUUGAAAUUAGGUCGCCAUCUUAUUAAUUCCGUAUCUAUCGCUCUGACGAAGGGCUAAC